UAUUCAUUUAAAGGAGAAGACCGAUUGUUUCGGAGGUUGUUCCGGAGGUACAACCAAUUCAUCCGGCCGGUGGAGAAUGUAUCGGAUCCAGUCACAGUGGAGUUUGAGGUCUCCAUUUCUCAACUGGUCAAAGUGGAUGAGGUGAAUCAGAUUAUGGAAACCAAUCUCUGGCUGAGACAUGUGUGGAACGACUACAAACUGAAAUGGCUCCCUGUUGAAUACGAUGGAAUUGAGUUCAUACGAGUUCCUUCCAAUAAACUCUGGAGGCCGGAUAUUGUUUUGUACAACAAUGCUGUGGGCGAUUUCCUGGUGGAAGACAAAACCAAGGCCCUGCUGAAGUUUGAUGGCACCAUCACUUGGAUUCCUCCGGCUAUUUUUAAAUCCUCGUGCCCCAUGGACAUCACCUACUUUCCCUUUGACUACCAGAACUGCUCCAUGAAGUUCGGCUCCUGGACCUACGACAAGGCCAAAAUCGACCUGGUGCUCAUUGGCUCAAAGGUGAAUCUGAAGGAUUUCUGGGAAAGCGGAGAGUGGGAGAUCAUCGACGCACCAGGAUACAAGCAUGACAUCAAGUAUAACUGCUGCGAGGAGAUCUACCCGGACAUCACCUACUCCUUCUACAUCCGCCGCCUGCCGCUCUUCUACACCAUCAACCUCAUCAUCCCCUGCCUCCUCAUCUCCUUCCUCACAGUGCUGGUCUUCUACCUCCCGUCUGACUGUGGCGAGAAGGUCACCCUCUGCAUCUCUGUCCUCCUCUCCCUCACUGUGUUCCUGCUGGUCAUCACCGAGACCAUCCCUUCCACCUCACUCGUCAUCCCACUGAUCGGCGAGUACCUCCUCUUCACCAUGAUUUUCGUGACGCUCAGCAUCGUUAUCACCGUCUUUGUCCUGAACGUCCACUACCGCACCCCCAUGACUCACACGAUGCCAGAGUGGGUGAGGGCUGUGUUCCUCGGGGUGCUGCCCAGGGUGAUGCUGAUGAGGCGGCCUAUCGACCAGGGCUGCUCCUCCCCGGCUACAGCGGGGACAGGAGGAGGAGGACGAGGAGGCACCAGUGGGGGGAGAAAGAAGAGAAAAAACAGUAUAGGAAGUGGCUCAGGAAGUAUAAUUGUUGGAGGUAUCACUGGGGGUGUCGCCUUACCACCUCUGGAUGGUGGCACGGUUGGAGGAGGGACCUCCUCAGCAGGUGGCUCCAUGAACUGCGUGGAGCACCGCGACAUGAACCGGGAUAUCAACAGGAGAUGCCCAUACAGAGGCAAGGAGGUACCGACUCCUGUCCCUCCCCCAAAGACCCCUCCUCCUCCUCCUCCCCAGCCACCCCAAACCCAAGGACCCCAGGAGUCCGAGUUGCCCAAGCUGCCCAGGCCCCUGAAUGUCUCGUCACCCGUCAACGCUGUGGUUGCCUUCUCCGUGAUGUCGCCAGAGAUCAAGCAGGCCAUCGAGAGCGUGAAGUACAUCGCAGAGAACAUGAGAACUCGCAACAAAGCCAAAGAGGUGGAGGACGACUGGAAGUAUGUUGCCAUGGUCAUCGACAGGAUCUUCCUGUGGGUUUUUGUCACAGUGUGUGUGCUGGGAACUGUGGGACUCUUCCUCCAGCCGCUCAUCAGCUUCUUCAAUUGA